CACUGUUGAGAGGGUACUGUCGCUAACAGGAAGAUAGAACAUCGGUCGGUGUCAGCGUUAUUAUUUUGUCGAAAAUGGAACGAAAAGUAGCUCGAGAAUUUAGGCACAAGGUGGAGCUGCUCAUUGACAAUGAGGCUGAAAAGGAUUACCUAUACGAUGUCCUGCGGAUGUAUCACCAGUCCAUGGAGCUGCCCGUGUUGGUGGGUGACCUGAAGCUGGUCAUCAACGAGCCCAGCCGCCUGCCGCUGUUUGAUGCCAUCCGGCCCCUCAUUCCCCUCAAACACCAGGUGGAGUACGACCUGCUCACCCCGAAGAGGUCACGUAAGCUGAAGGAGGUGCGUCUGGAUCGUACUCAUCCUGAGGGUCUGGGUCUGAGCGUGAGAGGGGGCCUGGAGUUCGGCUGUGGACUCUUCAUCUCACAGAUCGUCAAGGAUGGACAGGCUGGAAACAGUGGCCUGCAGAUGGGAGAUGAGAUUGUCCGCAUCAAUGGAUACGCCAUCUCUUCCUGUAUCCACGAGGAAGUCAUCAACCUUAUCAAGACCAAGAAAAUCGUGUCGCUCAAAGUCAGGCAGGUUGGGAUGAUACCAGUGAAGAGUUCCACAGAGGAGCCUCUGAAGUGGCAGUUCGUGGACCAAUUUGUGUCUGAUUCUGGGGAGAAGAAGAGCAGUGUGGCAGGCCUGGCAUCCAUGGGAGGGAAGGAGAUCAAGGAGAAGAAGGUGUUCCUGAGCCUGGUGGGCACCAAGGGCAUGGGCGUCAGCAUCUCCAGUGGCCCCACACAGAAGCCUGGCAUCUACAUCAGUAACGUCAAAUCUGGAUCCCUCGCUGCUGAAGUAGGACUGCAGAUUGGUGACCAGAUCGUGGAGGUGAAUGGGGUGGAAUUCACCAAUCUGGACCACAAAGAGGCUGUAAGAGUUCUGAAGAGUAGCAGGAGUCUAACCAUCACAGUUCUCACCGGCGCAGGCAGUGAGUUGUUUAUGACAGACGAGGAGCGUCUGGCGGUGGAGGCUCGCAGGGAGCUGGACAGACGAGAGUUGAUGCACCAGAAAAGGGUUGCCCUGGAGACUAACAAGAUGGUCAAGGAGCAGCAGGAGAAAGAGAGGCAGAGAAAGAUGGAGAUUUCUCAGAAGACUGCCGAGGAAGAGGAACGCUAUCGGAAGGAGAUGGAGAAGAUCGAGGCUGCGGAGAGGAAGCACCACAGGGAGUGGGAGGAGGACUGGGCGCCUAGAGAGCAACCCAAAACCAAGAGUCCCUCCCCGGCCCCGCCUGAAAUCAACACCGCACCCCCCAAGUCCAAGAACUCUGACAUUGGAGCAAGCUCUUUUCAGGCUGACGACGACGAUGAAGAGCAGCAGGAGGAGGAGGAGAAGGAAGAGGGGAGUGAAGGCUUUCAGAAAUACGUGGAAGACUUUGAUCCCCACUCCAUGUUCUCCUCGGAACAGAUAGCUGGGCGAGACGUGAGACUACUGAGAAUCAAAAAGGUUGGACCACUUGAUCUGGCUGUGGAGGGGGGAGUAGACUCCCCUCUGGGAAAGCUAGUGGUAUCUGCCAUUUAUGAUGGAGGCUCGGCAGACAAACAUGGUGGGAUAGUUCCAGGAGAUGAGGUGAUGGCUGUGAAUGGGAAGAUCCUGACGGACUCCUCACUGACAGAAGGACAAAACUCUCUGACCCGUGCCUGGAACAGUGGAGGGGAUUGGAUUGACCUGGUGAUAGCAGUGUCACCUCCAAAAGAGUAUGAAGAUGAGGUCCCGAAGUCAACAUCAGUCAGUCCUACUGUGAACAGAAAGGUGUUUGAAGGCAGUGCAUCAGUGUACAGACAAGGCUACCCGGCUCCAGUUUUAGCCCUAACCUCCCCACCCUGCACACCCCCACCUGACGUUCUUCUGAGAGUCACCUGACCACCUGCCUGCCAAACAAGCCAUACCCACCAUCCAGGAACCAUCGUUCUCAUUUCCUCUGACAUUUGACCUAUUUUAUCAUCACAAUCAAAUCCCUGCAUCAAACUGUUGCAAUGCAAUGCUGAUCACUAUUGACAGCAAGUCUGUUUGAACCAGAACCACGCCGUGAUGUGCUACAUGUGAACUGUCUAGAAUGUGAAAGAGACUGAUUCAUCCUCUGUUGAGUUCCAUUACAUCCCAGUUACAUCCCACAUCCCAGUACAGAAACUUUCUGAAGAAGCUAGAGGGUUAUGACAUCACUACGUAAUACUCUGAGCCGAUAUUCACGGCAUAAGAAGGAAUUCACCUCGGGCCACACACACAAAUUGGGGAAAAACAAAACAUUCUUUCCAAUUGAACCUCAUUAUAAAAGAGCCAACUUCAUCGUCGAUUUUUGUUGUUGUUAUACACACAUUUAAAAAAUGCCGAAAAGCUGCUGUGUUGCUCAGUGUACCAGGUCAAAAAUCCAGACCUAUGGUUUGUAAUACUUCCACGUAGGGAAAUAGUGCCUGCGAGAAGAGCCCUCUGGAUUUCGGUGUAGGAGAGUGAGAAAUGUAGGGACCCGGUGUCCAAGUAGGCUACACGUAGCUAUGUGUGUAGAUAACAUUUCCUCACAGGUAAGACAUUUCAUUUGUUUAGUAUCGUCCGUUUGUAACUCCACUACUUGUCGCUGUAUAGUCCGUUUGUUUGUGUUGUUGGUCUUGGCCACAAGUUGUUUUACCCCACGGUGUGCGGGGCCGCAACGUUCUAUCUCAUACCGACCAGGACUAUCCCCCUCAGAGCCAUAUAUUUUUUAGCCUGGGUACCCGUCUUUUUAGCCAAUGUUCCCCUCCUUGUAGCCUACUCCGUACUAUUUGUGAAGUAAAUUGAGUAUAUAGUAUCCCAAUUGCUCAUAGUAUGGAUAUAGUUAGUAUGCCAAAAUUACACUCAAGUGAAAGGGUACCGUUCGUUUACAGUAUACUAAAAUGAACUAAUCGUAUAUAGUAUGUAGUAUACAGUAUGUUAGUAUGGGUAUCCAAACACAGCUGGUACUGUAGUGAAAUGUUAGCUAUAGCUGAAAAGACUGGUACCCGGACUAUAUAUUUAGAGAGUUGAGACAACUUUUACAAUUUCAAAUAUGGUUUUAAUUCUAGACAUUCAGUUCCAUAGCAUUAUUUAAAUAUUCCUCGUGUAAUGUUAAAGUAACGGUCCAGUGUUUCCAGAUUUCUAUGAAAUAUGACCUAUAAUUACUUACAAUAUGAGUGAAAUAGUUUUCCUUCCAAAAAGUGGUAAUGUUAAAAAACAGCUUUUCUGUGUUGGAAUAGUGUGGGCGUACCCCAACAGGUACCCCAACCUGUCAUUCAAAAUAUUAACGUGAGUAGAGGGCUGAUUGGCCAGCUCAUUUUCCUCAGGAGGAUGACCUCAUACUUUAUGAGGAAAUAGCAAGCAUUUUAGAAACUGUCUGUUUGAGAUACAAGUUUGUGUUUUUUCUCCAAUUUAUGCUUUGGCCACGUACAAGUACAGGAUGAGUCAACAACAUUAUUUGGGUAUGAGUAAACAGAAUAUGAACUUUAAAAAGUGAGAUGUUCACUGGACAGUUACUUUAAUGGGUCGCUAACAUGGUUGCCAUAUCAUUUUGAUUUGUCAUGUAAAUGCAUCAUAAUGCAGAAAUCUCAAUGUCCCAACUAAUUACAUAGCGAUGUUCCCCAUUCGUCUCCUUCUAGUACACUACAGCAUAGGAACACAGUUGUGAAAAACUGAACUCUGAUGCUGAGGGGCAUCGGUGUCAACAGGUUUUGAUCCUCUGAGUUUAGUUAAAUGCUAAGUGCAUCUUAAUGAGCUUCUAGUAUGCCAUAAGCCCCCUCGUUAUAGGUGAAAUUACACUCCUAAAUCUCCAAUGAAAGGUGUUAGAGCUUAUCUGUAUUCAGUUUAGAGUAUGUAAUCAGCAGCAGGAGCAGCCCUGCAGGCAGGCAGGCAGGCAGGCUCACUGUGAUGUAAUCAAUGUCCCUAUUUGAAAUCAAUGCUCUCUCAGAAUCAAUAAAGGUAUGUGCUUACUUUGACUGA